GGGGACAUAACAAAUCGACGUACAAGGGUUGCACGAAAGCAACAAGGGGGUAUGGAAAGCAAUACCAUGAACUGUUGUUUUUAUAGUUCACUAAGCAAGCUACAUAAUGUCGUUAAUACAAAAAUCCGGUUGUGAGACAUUUUCGCUCUAUUUGUUGUUACAAGGUACAUUUUGAAAACCUAUUCAACACGAGAGAGUUUCGGAAGAAUAGUUCUUUCAACAUUCCCUCCAAAGAAAGCUGAGAGUCUGUAAAAAUUAUACAGAAUGGAUGAAGAACCAGAGAGAACAAAACGCUGGGAAGGAGGAUACGAACGAACAUGGGAGGUGCUGAAGGAGGAUGAGUCUGGAUCUCUCAAAGCUACUGUGGAGGACAUUCUUUUCCAGGCAAAGAGAAAAAGAGUGUUUGAGAGUCAUGGACAAGUUCGGCUUGGGAUGAUGCGGCACCUUUUUGUGAUCAUUGACUCAUCUAGAUCAAUGGAAGAUCAAGACCUUAAGCCCAACAGGCUGACCUCCACCCUGAAGCUGAUGGAGUAUUUUGUCGAGGAAUACUUUGACCAGAAUCCAAUCAGUCAGAUAGGGAUCAUUGCCACCAAGAACAAGAGGGCGGAGAAGCUCACUGAUCUUGCAGGUUGCUGCAUUAGUAUUAUGCUUGCAUGGUUUGAGAAGUGUUCUUUUUUAUCAUCAUCAUCAUCAUCAGUUCAAAUUAUUUUACUCUUACUAGGGAACCCUAAGAAGCAUAUAGCAGCUCUGAAGAAAGCUGUGGACUCCACAUGUGUCGGGGAACCGUCGCUCUACAACUCUCUCAACGUGGCUAUGCUGACUCUAAAACACAUGCCUGCUCAUACAAGCAAAGAGAUCCUGGUUAUUUUCAGCAGUCUCACUACCUGUGACCCUGCCAACAUCUAUGAGCUUAUCAAAACUCUGAAUGGUUUGAAAAUCAGAGUGUCUGUGAUCGGCCUGUCAGCAGAGGUUCGAGUGUGUACUAUUCUCACAAGAGAAACUGGAGGAACAUACAAUGUGAUACUGGAUGAGAGUCAUUUUAAAGAGCUUCUGAUGCAGCAUGUGAAGCCUCCUCCUGCCAGCUCUUCCUCAGAGUGCUCCCUCAUUCGCAUGGGUUUCCCCCAGCAUGUCAUAGCCUCCAUGUCUGAUCAGGAUGCCAAACCCUCAUUCAGCAUGUCGCACCUAGACAGCACUGGUGAGCCAGUACUCAGUCUCGGCGGCUACUACUGCCCACAGUGCCGAGCUAAAUACACUGAGCUGCCAGUGGAGUGUAAAGUGUGUGGUCUAACUUUGGUUUCCGCUCCACACUUGGCCCGUUCUUUCCACCACCUCUUCCCCCUGGAGGCCUUCCAGGAGACCCCACUGGAGGAGUAUGAGGGAGAGAGGUUCUGUGAUGCUUGCCAAGGAGAGUUGAAGGACAAAAGUGUGUUUACUUGUCUAGCAUGUAAAAAAGUGUUCUGUGUGGAGUGUGAUCUCUUCAUACAUGACACACUGCACUCCUGUCCCGGCUGCAUGCAGACUGAUGGGAGGUCCUGAUGUAAGACGGCCUGACUACAAGACAACUCUGUGUUUACUUAGUACAAAUAGAAACUGAGAGAUGAAGGAAGCCAUCAGCCACAGAAAUAGACUCUCACUGAUUGUCAGUUUUAAUGUAAGCCAACAAUUGUUAGUUCUUUAGCAUCAUGUUACUUUGGUUUUCUGUUUAAAUGCACCAAGCUGUAACCGUAUAUCAGGGCGCCCCCUAUGGGGAAAAGAGUCUCACUGGACCAAAUGAAACAACUGAGAACGUGCUGUUUUCCAGUAUCCUAUUUUGUAUUUGUAAUGGACUUAACAUGACAGCUGUUUGUUUAUUUUGUACCUUAUAUGCCUUGCUAAUGUACUUGCCUGUGCUCAUUAAUUUAUGAGCAAACCUGUACAGGACCAGUUUAGACUAUCUGUUUAAACUAAUUAAACUUUUCAAACAUU